GACAUUGUCGUCGUGGAAAAGAGGCAGGCUUCUUUCAAAAGCUCUCAUCGGGGGCGACAGCAGCACAGGCGUGUUAAAAUCUGCAGUCAGCUGAGAAAAGGUCAAAGACCAACGCAGAUCUAAGGAACCAAGGUCGAGGCCAUGCUUCCCCUGCAGAACCCCGUCAUCCUGAUGCUGCUGCAGCUUGCACUGGUUGUUUAUGUUUACGGCGUUGGAUACUAUGGACACAGUCAACAGCGCCAGCCUUACCCACCGAUGUCGUACCUCCAACAUCUGGGCUUGGGCAAAGAAGGCUUUCCACAGCAACAGUACCCUGGCAAAGACGUGCCCUACCUGCAGUAUCCUCACUUCAGGAAGGAGCUGCCUCAGACGCCUUUGCUGAAGGGCAAAGAGCAUGCGAAUAAAAGGCGCAGCUACAAGGGGGGUCCAGACAAAGGUCAAACAAUCCCUAGUGCUGCUGAAGGAAUUCCUCAAGGGGAGUGUUGCACUGCUGGGCCCCCUGGACCAGAGGGUCCUCCAGGACCUCCAGGCAAUGGACAGCCUGGUCCAGAGGGACCUCCCGGACAUCCAGGUCCACCAGGAGUACCUGGAGUGGGCAAACCAGGUGUGCCAGGUAUGCCAGGUAAACCAGGUGGAAAUGGGGAGCCUGGAGCAAAAGGAGAGAUAGGUCCAAGGGGGGGAGAAGGACCAGUUGGACAGCCUGGUCCUCAAGGUCCCCCAGGACCACCUGGGCUACAAGGAAUAGGUAAACAAGGGGUGCAGGGUCUUCCAGGACAACCGGGACCCAAAGGAGAACCAGGUCUCAAAGGUCUCCCAGGAAUUCAAGGAUUACCAGGACCUAAAGGAGACAAAGGAAUGGGACAACCAGGACAGCUUGGUCCCCCAGGGCCUCCGGGGGAUGUAGGACCUGCUGGUCCUCGAGGGUUGCCUGGUUUUGGUAAACCUGGAUUAAAUGGAGUACAAGGACCACCUGGACCACCAGGAAAACCUGGCCUUCCAGGAGAGAAAGGACCAGCUGGGCCUCCUGGGGAAGAAGGAGAGCCUGGCCCACCAGGUUUACCUAGCCAGGGAAAGCCAGGUCAAGAUGGCUUGCCAGGCAAACCAGGUAUGCCAGGUGCAAAAGGUGAUGCAGGGCCACCUGGUUUGCCAGGAAAACCAGGACUGCCUGGAUUUGGUAAACCAGGACAUUUAGGACCAAAAGGUGAUAAAGGUAUACAUGGUCCUCCUGGAGCCAAAGGACAUAAGGGAGAUAGAGGCCAUGAUGGAGUACCUGGUAUGUUGGGGAGUACUGGACCUCAAGGUCCCCCUGGCCCUGCAGGAUCUAUAGGACCACAAGGGAGCAUAGGUGCUCCUGGUCCAAAAGGAGACAGUGGUGAAGGAGGGCCUAAAGGGCUUGAUGGAGUGAAAGGAGAUUCUGGUGUUCAGGGGAUUCCUGGUGUGGAUGGUCUUCCUGGGGAACGUGGGGAGCCAGGGCCAAGAGGACCACCAGGCCCAAGCGGUGCCAAAGGAGAUGAUGGGCAUAAAGGUUUACCUGGUGCCCCUGGACCGACAGGACUUCCAGGACCUAAGGGACAAAUUGGAUUACCCGGUGAAAUGGGUCCUCAAGGCCCCAAAGGAAGUCCUGGAAUGGAUGGUGCAGUUGGUCCAACUGGGCGUCAUGGUCUUCCUGGCCCAAAAGGAGAUACUGGGACACCUGGUCCACCAGGUGUUGAUGGAGAGGGGAUGCAAGGUCUUCCUGGUCCAAUAGGGCCACCAGGAAAAGAUGGAUUAUUGGGACCCCCUGGACAACCAGGUCAGCCUGGUCCUCCUGGACUACCAGGCCCACCUGGAACACCUGGUCUGUCACCUGACAUGGCUGGAGUACUCUCUGAGAUGGGCCCUGGACUAGAUGGUAUCAAGGCUGGUAGUUAUAAAAAAGGCACAUAUGGAGGAAAAGAUGCAGUGGUAAUGGGUGCCAGUGGACCGGAAAUACCAGCAUUCACAGCUGUAGCAACAACUUCCUUUACGCCAGUCGGCACUCCAGUAGUCUUUGACAAGCUCUUGUACAAUGGUCGGCAAAACUACAACCCCCAGACGGGCAUUUUCACCUGUGACAUCCCUGGGAUUUAUUAUUUCGCCUACCAUAUUCAGUGCAAAGGAGCAAAUGUGUGGGUGACUUUGAUGAGGAACAAUGACCCUGUAAUGUACACAUAUGAUGAGUACAAAGUAGGUUUUGUAGAUCAAGCAUCAGGGAGUGCAGUACUACCUCUACAGCCUGGGGACACUGUGCAUGUUCAGUUGCCCUCAGACCAGGCUGCAGGACUUUAUGGUGGCAAGUACAUGCACUCUUCAUUUUCCGGGUUCUUACUGUAUCCAAUGUAAACCCCCAAACUGCAGCUUGUGCAACAAGUGUGAAGCAUGGUUAUAAAAUACCUUAGAAGGACAAAUAUGACAAGGAAGAUGGCCUGUAAACACACCUGAGUGAGGACUGAUGUGCCAGCAGUAGUACAUGUUCAACAUUGGUCCCUGUUUUGACCAUUUACAGUAUAGUGCACGGUCAAAAGCAUAUGGUCUAAAUGCAUUUGGGCCGUGUCCAGCACAGAUGCAUUGGUUUAAAUUGUGCCCCAAACACACUCAUGAUUAAUUAGACUAAAUAUAACCCCUUUAUGCCAGAAACCUUACUUUGU